AUGUGGGCUCAGUGUAUGCGGCUCAUGCUGUCACCACCAUCAGCUCCAGAUAAUCAGCAGGUUCUGGACGGCGCCCUGGACCUACCAGUCCACCAUGUCCUUAAGGAAGACUGUUUGUUGUUGCUAGCCGCUGAGAUCAGAGACCAAGUGGUUUUUCCAGUAUCCAUGGCGGACAGGGAGGGGCUGCCCUGUGCCCCAGGGCAGGUGUACAUUGAGGUGGAGUACGACUAUGAGUACAAGGCCAAAGACAAGAUGGUGAGCAUUCAUCAGGGGGAGAGCUACAUGCUGGUGAAGAAGACCAACGAGGACUGGUGGCAGGUGAGGAAGGAUGAAGACACGAAGGCUUUUUAUGUGCCAGCCCAGUAUGUGAAGGAGGUGCGCCAGGCGUUCCUGCCCCCACAGAAGCCCGCUGUGAGGGCGAAGCCCUCCGUUUUGGAUUUCUGCCAUGAGUCCAUUGAGAGCCCCAACAGGCCUCUGCCAGAAAUGUCCACUUUUGGUGGCCCGUCGCCUUCGUCCAGCCCCUCGCCGUCGUCUGAGCGUGCCACUCCACCCGCUCUGCCUAAGGAUGCUAACCACAACGCCGGGAGCCCCCACCACUGCAAGCUGGUGGCAGAACUGGUCCUUCUUCACAACAAUAACAACCAUCAGCACACCAACAACUCCUCGUUACCACGGACACGGGCUGAUUCCCCGCCACUCAGAGAGGGCAACAAAGGGUUCCCUCCAGAUGAGCUGCCUGGAGGGGGGCAGCUCAGGAAGCUGCGCAGUGACUCUGAGUCCGGGGACGAGCUGAGCAGCAGCUCCACAGAGCACAUGCAGACAACAUCCCCAACAGGUCAGGGCCGCCCCCUGUCUCCCAUCUACGCCAACCUCCAAGAGCUGAAGAUCUCUCAGGCCAGCCAGCCACCAGUCCCCUCGGGCUCCCCGCUCCACAUCUUAGGGGACUGGGAGACCCACAAAGACGUGAGCGGCAGGCAUUUCUAUUACAGCAGGGCCUCUGGGGAGCGGACCUGGAAGCCCCCGCGCAGCAGGGAGCCCGGCAGCAGUGUCCGAGGAGACAGCCAGAGACCAGCAGGGACUGAGCAGCCCAGAUCAGAGGAGAACUGGGACAGCACCUACUCCAGUCAGUCUGACAGCCAGAACGGACUGCCCCCUAGAGGCUGGUCGGAGGAGCUGGACGAACAUGGACAAACCCUCUAUGUGUCUGAGUACACACAGGAAAAGUGGAUCAAACAUGUGGAUGAACAAGGCCGGCCUUAUUACUACAUUGCUGAUGGGUCCAGAUCGGAGUGGGAACUGCCCAAGUAUGACAUAUCCUCUCAGUCCACCGAAGUUCCUAAGAGUCGCAGUCUGGAAAGGAAGCAGCAGGAUCCCAUCGUCCUGACCAAGUGGAGGCACAGCACCUACGUCUUAGAUCUCAACAGUAAGCCUUCAGAGAAGUGUGGGGUUCUCAAUGUCACCAAAACCACAGAGAAUGGAAAGAAAAUCAGGAAGAAUUGGACCUCCUCAUGGACUGUCCUGCAGGGUUCCUCCCUCCUCUUUGCAAAGGGUCAGGGGGGUAGCACCUCCUGGAAGUUUGGCAGCAAUCAGUCAAAGCCUGAGUUCACUGUGGAUCUGCGUGGAGCCCUGCUGGACUGGGCCUCCAAGGACAAGUCCAGCAAGAAACACGUCAUUGAGCUGAAGACCCGGCAGGGCACAGAGCUGCUCAUCCAGUCAGAGAUCGACAGCGUCAUCAAUGACUGGUUUCGGGCCCUCACAGAGACCAUCAACACUCAUCCGUCGGAGUCAAAUGAAGCCAUGGAGGAGGACAUACCUGAGUCUCCAGGGGCCGAGAAACAGGACAAAGAGAAAGACCACAGAGACUGUAAGAAGAGCAGAGGCAUGAGGACUUCAGUUAGCAUGGACUCUUCAGACCAGAAGAAAACCAGGAUGAAGCUGAAGAAGUUCCUGACACGACGACCCACAUAUCAAUCUGUCUGCGACAAAGGAUACAUCCAAGAUCAGGUGUUUGGCUGCAGUCUGACCAGUCUGUGCCAACGGGAGAACACUUCAGUGCCUAAUUUUGUCAACAUGUGCAUCGACCACGUGGAGAGCACAGGUCUCCAUAUUGAUGGCCUGUACAGAGUGAGUGGGAACCUGGCAGUGAUCCAGAAGCUCCGCUUUGCUGUCAAUCAUGAUGAGAAGGUGGAUCUGAAUGACAGCAAGUGGGAGGACAUCCACGUCACCACUGGAGCUCUCAAAAUGUUCUUCAGGGAACUUCCUGAGCCUCUCUUCUCUUAUGGAUUCUUCAGUGACUUUGUGAACGCCAUCAAAUUCUUAGACUAUGACCAGAGAGUGAAUUCUAUCAAAGAUUUAAUCAAGAAGCUACCCAAACCAAACCAGGACACCAUGCAGGCUCUCUGCAAACACCUGCGCAGGGUGACAGACCACGCAGAGACCAACCGCAUGACCACUCAGAGCAUGGCUAUUGUGUUCGGACCCACCCUGCUGCGGCCUGAGACGGAGACCAGCAGCAUGGCUGUCCACAUGGUGUACCAGAACCAGAUAGUGGAGCACAUUCUACUGGAGUAUGAGAACAUUUUUGGAAGCCGGCUGCCGGACACUUCAGAACUGUGA